CACUGUCUACGGGUAACACUGAGUGGGAGUGGAAGCGGUAGUGAGUGGUGUUGAGAAAUGCUAAAUAUUCUAAAAUAUAAUUAAUCUCUUAAAAACAUUUCGUUAGAAAUGAAUUGUUGUAUAUAAUAAUGUUAUUCAUGACCUAUAUAAUAGUAACCUAUAUUUUAUGAGUAAUGAAUCGUUGACAGCUAUUUUUAUAACCUAAAUUAGUCAUCCAGUUAGUUAAAUGAAGAGGUGACAAACGCCUGAAGUUGUUUUAGUGUAAAUUUAAUAUAAUGCUACUAUUGAGUACCUUAAUAUUAAAACUGUGAUGAACCGUGGUGGUUAUAUCAGCGUUUCUUUGAUACUCAAGAUUGUUUUAAGUUAACAAGUUGCUUCUGUGAUACCAAAUCACUUGAUACAUUAGUCGUAAGGGAAAAUCAAUCCAAAGAUGGAGAGCAUUAACUCUUGGUACAGAGACCUGUUGGACAACAGGGCCGAUCCUCGCGUUAAAGAUUGGCCCAUGAUGUCAUCCCCGUGGCCGACGCUGGCCGCAUGCUUGUGCUACGCGAUCUGCGCUAAAAAGAUUGGCCCCAGUUUCAUGGCCAACAGGAAACCCUUCGAGCUGAGGAAUGUUCUCGUGGUUUACAACCUGGCGCAGACGAUAUUCAGUGCCUGGAUAUUCUAUGAGUACUUAGCGAGCGGAUGGUGGGGCCAUUACGAUUUUAGAUGUCAGCUGGUCGACUAUUCAAGGAGCCCUAAGGCUAUGAGGAUGGCGAACACAUGCUGGUGGUACUACUUCAGCAAGUUCACGGAGUUCUUCGACACGCUGUUCUUUGUUUUAAGGAAGAAGAACGAGCACGUGUCGACGCUUCACGUCAUCCACCACGGCAUCAUGCCGAUGUCCGUGUGGUUCGGGCUUAAGUUCGCUCCAGGUGGUCACAGUACUUUCUUCGCUCUGCUGAACACUUUUGUACAUAUCGUCAUGUACUUCUACUACAUGGUGUCAGCUAUGGGACCUAAGUAUCAGAAGUACAUAUGGUGGAAGAAGUACCUCACCGCCUUCCAAAUGGUGCAGUUCGUGCUGAUCUUCAGUCACCAGCUGCAGGUGUUGUUCCGUCCGUCGUGUCAGUACCCGCGCGUCUUCGUCUACUGGAUAGCGAUGCACGGCUUCCUGUUCCUGUUCCUCUUCAGCGACUUCUACAAGGCGAGGUACAACAGGAGCGGAAAGAAAAAGACCACCAACGGUCUCUGUAUGACGGUUAUGGAGGACAGUUGUAUAAGCAAGAACGGUUACAAACACGAGGAGGGUUCCGUACCUAAUUCCUACGCUUCAUCAGCAGCAGACGCCUUCGUAAGACGAAGACCAGUCUCAUAGAAGGCGUAUAGUACGCCCGUUGAGAAUCCGUACCUUUGACCUGAAUACCGUUCAUCUUAUUUUUAUUUCACUCGUAUUGAAGGGUGACGCGCUAAACCAUCACACGGUCGGUGUUAAGGUUGACGGAGCAACUCGUACUUGUUACAUUUCUGUUUCUCAUUCCGAACACUCAAAAACAUAUCCGACGUCAUCAGGCUGCUCGAAACUGACGUCAUAGAUGACGUCACCGAUCCGACUCUCCGGCGCCGCGCUUCCAGUAUCCUCUAGUUUUUAUGCGUAAAUGUUAGCAGUUCAGUUAUUUUCUUGUAUACCCACAGCGCACGGCGUCCGUCAAGACACUGAGAACUGUAACAUCGAAUGCCUUAAAUUAUUUUAAGUACAAAAACCUAUUUACUAGAGCUAUUGAAUUAAUAUAAUAAUUAAUGAUCUUGUAAAUUUAUUAAUCGGUUUCGGAUAUAAGUAUUCUUAGUUUUUCUUCUCCUCUAUGUUACUUCUGUUUGUGUAUUAUUUCAGUGAUGGCAAUGUCAUCGGUGAGUUUCGUUCGCUUCGCUGUGGCGGGGCUUUGUGUAAAUAAGAUGAUUGAAUUGUGUUUUUUUUUUAAUAUUAAUCGCCUUUUAUGUACAGAAAUUCGAUGGGUUUUUUUCUUCUACUUUAUUGUAAUGUAAAUAUUUUUUUAUUAUUAUUUAAUCUCUCAAUGUUACCAUUACAGAACCAGUGUCAUUUAUAGUAUGCGAACAUAUUAUUUAUAUUUUAGAGCAUUUAUUGUAUCACACGUUUGUAUGGAACCCUGUAAUUUUUCUAUAAAUAUUAACGCUUUUUAAUUAUACUUCACACGUGAAAUGGAUCACUAACAUAUUUAUAUUAAUGAGAUGUAUUUGUAAGUUUAGCACGCGUUUUAAUCGUGCGAUAGAACGGGUUGAGUUGACAGCGGCUUAUUAGGGACGAAUAAUAUGUAGAUAAAAGGGAUAAUAGAUGUUUAGAUGUUGUAAAAGUUUUUAUUAUAACAAUCCGUUUUGCACAACGUCGGCUCGACUCGUUGCUGUGCAUUUCCACCAAUGACGUGUUGCAUGGAAAUAUAUAAACCAAUGGGAUGGCUCCGUUUUGAAAAUCGUUAUGAAGAUUUUAAAAAUGGAAUAAUCCUAUUGGUUGAUUUUAUUUACUCGAGUUUCGCUGCACGUAUAUCCAUCUCCUAUUGGUGGAUAUAUUAACGUUCAUAUUGAAUAAAUUGCAAAUGUCAUUUGGGGAUGCACUCUUAACGGCAUCAAGGGUAAGAUAAGCAUUGCCGUGUCUUUAUUUGUCAGGUUCUGUUGUGCUUUAAAUCCGCGGUCGCUAUGGGCUGAAGGACAGUCUUCACUUGCUCAAAUAUUAGCUGCGAGUUCCCUAUUUUGCAACCAUUAUUUAUUAUUUUAAUAAAGUAUUUUACAGAG